UUAUGGAAGCACAGGUCAUGACUUCCUUGUCUGCUCCAAACCCUGCCUUCCAGGCGCAAAAUCAAUGCUUAAGCCCAGUCCAAAUCACCUCAUCUUCAACACCAACCUCCCAAAACCGGCGUUUUCUCUCAAAACUCCAUCUGGGUAUUUCACAACCAGGGCCAAGACAGCCAUUAACAGCAGCCACAAUCUGUAUCUGACAGAAGAGGCCUCAGAGAGUUUCUACUGUUUGUUGGGCGUUUCAGAGGCUGCAACACUCUCAGAAAUCAAGCAGGCUUAUAAACAACUAGUCCUCAAGUACCACCCAGAUGUGUCUCCACCUGACUCUGCCAAGGAGUUCACCAGGAUGUUCAUUCGGAUCCAGGAGGCCUAUGAGACGUUGUCUGACCCAAGGACUAGAGCUUUGUAUGACAGUGAUUUGACCAAGGGUUUACAUCUGGCUUUCUCCGCUCAAAAUCUAUACCGGUCUCAUCAACCAGGAAUGGAUAUGAGUGGAGAUUGGAAAAGCAGAUGGCAAGCACAGCUCGGAGAGUUGGAGAGGAAGAGCGCAAGUAAGAAUUCAAACGAUAACAAGUCAUGGGCAGCAAGAGUCCGCAUGCAAAGAAGUAAAUCAAGUAUCUAAUCAUGGAUUUCAACUCAGGCUUUCAAUUACGGACAUUAAUGUUUCGGUUUAAUUAUCAGUAUUUUUAUUCGUGUUUGUAGUGAAA